AUGGGGGUGGCAGGUUCGUCCAGGGGACGCCAGCUACAGCUGCACCAGGCUGGACAGCACCCCUCCAUGCCCCAGGGGAGCCCCCAGCGCUGCCCUGGGCCCACUGAUGCAGGAGGCACAGCAGGCGGCCCAGGAGUAGACGCUGCCCGCAGGAGCACACAGGUCCCUGGGGAGGAAGCGGCUGGGUCAGAGCAGGCUGGUCAGGAGGACCUGGACCCAGGCGCCACCCCCAACGCCUCCUUCCCCUACUCCUCUGUACCUGCCACAAAAAUGGCUUCCCCACCUGCUGCUUCCCUACAGCAGGGUCACAGUCCCCAUGUACAGAUGACCAGUUCUGGUCCUCCUACCAAACCCACCUCCCUGCUGCGGGAGAAGGGGGAUAAAGCCCCACCCUGGCCCCCUCCCCCUGGGACGGCCAUCCGGCACCAGUCAGUCCCCCCUUACCAGUUAGAAGAUGAAUUCCUCGACCCGCAGAACCCCCUGAAACGGGGAGAGGGGGCUCCGAUUGCCAAAGAUGAGGGGCAGAGCGCCCCACCCCCGCUGGCGGAGGGGGGUCGCCUCCAGCUCUUGCCCGCGCUCCCACAGUCGCCGCCGGCCACCGGCGCUCAGAUCUGGAGGAAUUCACUCACCUCCAGCCCCAGCCGAGAUCCGGGCGACCGCCGCCUCCGGGCAGCGGCGGCUGCGGGGCCUGCGCGCGGGUGCGAGUGUGGCUGCGAGCGCGGCAAGGCCCUCCGCCCCGCGGACACACGCGCACCACAGACACUCACCCGCCGGGCGGGGGCUCGCCCGCUCCGCCGCUGCAGCUGCGGCGCCCUGGGAGGCGGCGGCCCUGCUGAGCCCGGGCACCCGCCGGGCGCGCCCCCGGCCCUGCCCGGGCCCCCUGCGCUGCUCACCCGGCGGGGUCCAGGUCCCGUCGCCACCGCGCAUUCAACAGCUGGAGGCAAACUUGCAGCCGGCCGGGCAGCCCGGGAUGCGGAGCGCCCCCCAGCGCCCGCCCGCCCAAGGACACCCCCACGCCGGGACCCGCCUCCACGGGUGGACCCUCCUCCGUCCGGUCCCUCGCCUCUCACGCCCUGCUCGCUGGCCCCGCGCUCCAUCGCUGGCAAUCCGUGA